AUGUCUGGUGCUCGCCCCCUACUGUCGAACCGCGCGUCUUCUGAGAUAAGCGGUGGCCGCGAUCUGGCAGAAGAAGAUGCCCUACUCACAGGCCGCCGGACCGGAUACGGACAGAAGGGAUAUUCGCAAUCACAGAAAUGGAGAGAAGUCGGACUGUUUGUCUGGGCCGUUAUUGCAACAGGCGCUGUCGUUGUGCUCGGCAUUCUCCUCCAAAGUUCGACCGACGACUCCAAGACACCCCAAGCAAGUGGGAAGAGGAACCUGAUUUUCAUGGUUUCUGAUGGCAUGGGCCCUACCUCACUUUCUCUCACGCGAUCUUUCAUGCAGUUCCAGAAUGGCGCUCCUUUCAAUGAGCAGCUCGUCCUCGAUCAGCACCUCAUCGGCCAGUCACGAACACGCUCCUCUUCCUCGCUCAUCACCGACUCAGCAGCCGGUGCGACGGCCUUCUCUUGCGCACAGAAGAGCUACAACGGCGCCAUCUCCGUAACUCCUGAUCACGAGCCAUGUGGUACUGUGCUGGAAGCGGCUAAGAAGGCGGGAUACAUGACCGGCUUAGUAGUUACAACGCGCAUCACUGAUGCUACACCGGCGUGCUUUGCUGCGCAUGUGAACAUGCGAUCUGAGGAAGACCGCAUUGCAGAACAAAUGGUUGGAGACCACCCGCUUGGACGUGUGGUUGACUUGAUGUUUGGCGGUGGCCGAUGCCACUUCAUAUCAAACUCGACUGGCGAUUCAAGCUGCCGAGCCGAUGACAAGGACAUUAUCGGAGUGGCCAAGAAGAAUGGAUUCAACUACAUUUCGGACCGUGCUGGAUUCGACAAAUUGAAGGGAGGAGUUUCGGUCGACUUGCCCAUGUUGGGACUCUUUGCUGACACAGAUAUCCCCUAUGAAAUCGACCGCCGCAGUCAGAACGACGUCUACCCGAGUCUGCACGAGAUGGCCGAGGCCGCCAUGAAAGCGCUCAGCCAUGCGACCAGAGACAGCGACAAAGGCUUUUUCCUAAUGAUUGAGGGUUCCAGGAUCGAUCAUGCAGGCCACCACAACGACCCUGCUGCUCAAGUCCACGAGGUGCUUGCAUACGACAAGACUUUUAACAGCGUCCUCAACUUCAUCAAGAAGGAGAAGACACAAACCGUCAUGGUCUCGACGUCUGACCACGAAACCGGUGGCCUCGCAGCCGCUCGACAACUCCAUGCUUCAUACCCUGAAUAUCUCUGGUACCCGUCUCCUCUCGCCAACGCCUCCCACUCCGCCGAACACCUCGCUCUCGCAUACAACACAUUCCUCGCAACCAACCCCUCAACCGAUCAAACCGCCGAUUUUGUCCGCGAUUCCAUCACCACCGGUCUGGGCAUCCACGAUUUCAACGACGACGAAGUCAACAAUCUCGUCAAGGACCCCGCAACUUCCCUCUACCAAUACGCAGACAUGGUUUCGCGCCGCUCGCAGACUGGCUGGUCGACUCACGGUCACAGCGCCGCAGACGUCAACAUCUAUACCUCUAAUCCCGAAGCUGCACACGCACUCCAGGGUAACCAUGAGAACACCGAGGUUGGCCAGUUCCUCAGGGACUAUCUGAAUGUCGAUGUCAAUGCUGUAACGAGGGAACUGCUAGAAAAGGGCCGGGGAUUGAUGGUCCAGGGUGUCAAUGGCACUGAAGUUAGUUGGAUGGGUAAGAUACCGGAUGUGGGUGAGAGACUGGAUGGCCAGACUCAUCUGGCAAGUUACGGGGGUGAUUUCAAGAAGAGGGAUGAGGGUGUUUUGCAUGGUGAAGCCUGUGGAUGUGGACAUUAA